AUGGAAUGUUCGGAAUCUUUAGAAUUAGUUGAUAAGUUUGCAUGUGGUCAUAUUUUAUCUAGAAUGUUUAAUGUUGUUAUGAAACAUUCAAUUUGUGAUUUAUUAGAAGAUGGACCAAAACAUUAUUCAGAGAUUUCAAAAAUUAUUGGAUUUAAAGAUGAUUCUUAUUGUUAUAGAUUAAUGAGAUAUUUUGUACCUCGUAAAUUAUUUAAAGAAAGUGUCGUUCAAGUUGGAGUAUUUUCAAAAACACCAUUUAGUACUGAAUUUUCAAAUAAUGGAACAUUGAAAAAACUUGCAAAAUUUCAUUGUAAUAGUUUCCAUUAUAAGCUAUCACAAGUUUUACCAGAAACUUUAGAAAUUGGUGAAAAUCAAGGACCUUCAUCAAUAGGAUUAUCAGAUUAUUGGGAACAAAUUGAAAAGAAUGAAAUCUAUAAAAAUGAAUUUAAUGAUGGUAUGAUUGGUUAUACAACACAUAUUUUAAAAUUUUUAAAAGGUAAAAUUGAUUUAUCAAAAUUUGAAACAGUGGUUGAUAUUGGUGGUAGUCAUGGUUAUUUAAUUGGAAGUUUAUUAGAUAGGUACCCAAAUGUUAAUGGAAUUAAUUUCGAUACUGAUAUGGUUAUUAAUUCAAGUAAUGAGAAAUACCAACAUCCAAGAUUAAAACAUGUUGCUGGUGAUUUCUUUAAAUCUGUACCAGAAGCUGAUUGUUACUUAAUGAAACUCAUUCUUCGUUGUUUUUCUGAUGAAAAAUGUUGUGAACUUUUAAAAAUAAUUUCAAAAUCAAUGAAAUCAAAUGCUAAAAUAAUCAUUUUAGAUAUUAUUUUAGAUAGUUCAAAAUAUUUAAAUUUUGAUACUUAUUUAGAUAUUUUAAUGAUGGAAACACUUGAUGGAAAACAAAGAUCUUUAAGUGAAUGGAUAAAAUUAUUUGAAAUGUCUGGUUUUAAAAUUGAUAAAUAUGAAAGUGGUUCUCCAAAUUAUUUAAUAAUUUCAAAGGAAUAA